AGUCGUGAUAUAAUGUAUUAUCCAACGAAAUUAGUAAUUAAUAGGAUAAUGUGCUAUAAUUUCUACUUUAUUAAUAGAAUUCAAGUGGAUUUAUACCCAAGUAGUGUAUUUGAAUGUGUGCUCUGAUGACAAUAAUAGCUUUCGUUCAGAAUCUAGUAUUGAAUGGCCGCCUGUCAGCUGUACAAGUACUUUGGUUGGGAAGCUGUCAAAUGGUGAAUAGCAAAGCAGGAGCGGUAGUGAGAAGAUUUUCUAAUAAAUAUGUCUUUUUAUUCGCAAUAUCAAAGUAAUAGGUAAUCGCCAUACCUAGCCAUAAGCCUUAGAAUAAACACAAACGCAAACCAAUACCGGCACCGUCGUAAAAUGAGUUCUAGAGAUAGGUCGCUUCAAGACAAGUUGAAAGUGCUCUUCAAAAAGGGUCCUUCGGCGCCGCUGCCGGCGCGCAACGAGCUGGUGGUGAGCGGCGAGGUGGAGCGCGAGCUGAGCGCGGACACGCCGCUGCACCGCCGCCUGCGCGCGCUCAAGGAGCUCGGCGAGAAGGCCAUCCACGUCCGCGUGCAGGAGGGUGGAGUAGAAAAGCUUUGGUCAUUAACAAGAGAUCUCCUAGAAGAGAGCAAUGUGGAGGCUCGACAUGCAGCCCUGUGGUUCCUGCGGUGCCUGGCGGAGGGGCAGGCAGACUACCUGCAGAUCAUGCGCACCAUCCUGUUCCACUACCUGCGAGAUACACACGCGCGGCACCCGCCGGAGGACUCACAGCUGCGCUUCAAGUUACUGCACACACUGACCAACACCGGCAAGAAUAUCAACUGUUUUGAAGAAGAGAUUGGUCCGUUCCUGCUGGAGUGGCUGCCACAGAUCCAGCCGCCCACGCAGCUGGUGGAGUUCCUGCAGCUCAUCAUCAAUGUUGUCAAGUUCAACGCCACAUACCUAGAUGAGGAGAUAGUACAUGGAAUUGUCAACAACGCGUGCCACCUGUGCGUGUACAGCGCGGAGGCGGCGGUGGUGCAGUGCGGGCUGUCGCUGCUGGAGGCCGUGGUGUCCUACUCGCUGCUGCCGCGCGCCGCGCUGCGCACCUUCGUGGCCGCGCUGUGCCGCACCGUCAACCUCGAGCACUACUGCCAGACCAGCUGGAAGCUGAUGCGCAACGUGGUGGGCGCGGACAUGGGGCACGCGGCGCUGCAGCAGCUGGUGGAGCUGCUGCGCGCCGGCAGCGAGGAGGGCGGGCUGCUGCGCGGCGCCGUGUUCUACAUCAACAUGGCGCUGUGGGGGCCGCGCCGCGUGCCCACGCUGCGCGUCUCCUUCCUCGCCGUGCUGCCCGCCUUCCUCAAGGCGCUGGAGGGCAACCAGCCGGUGGUGACGUACGAGGUGGUGCUGAGCGUGCAGAGCGUGGUGUCGCGCGUGCCGCUGGAGCUGUGCGAGCCCGCCUGGGACGUGCUGCUGGCCAUCCUGCGCGUCGUGCUGCAGCAGGACAAGAGCUACGAGCCGCCCAACGAGCUGAUCCACAACCAGGUGCACGCGGUCAUCACGUCCAUCGAGCAGCUGCAGGACGCGGGCCAGUACUGCGGCGACGCGGACGCGCUGCUGGAGCUCAUCGACCGCUGCGGCCACGAGCGGCCCGAGGCGUCCACCAUGCGGCUGGUGUCGGCGCGGGCGGCGGCGCUGGCGCCGUGGGGCGCGGAGGGCGCGGGCGCGGCGGCGGCGCUGGCGGAGCGCUACCUGCGCCACGAGCCGCGCCGCGCCGUGCGCCUGCACACGCUGCACGCCAUCCUCGCCUUCAUCAAGCGGAACAGGUACCUGUACGGCGAGGAGCUGACGGAGCUGGUGGGGCUGCCGGUGCUGGGCGCGUGCGCGCUGGACGCGGACGUGGCGCUGCGGGCGGCGGCGGCGCGGGCGCUGGCCGAGCUGGCGCAGGCCUCCGCCUCCGACGCCUGCACCGACCUCAUCGACCUGCUGGAGAAGAUCCUCAACCGGCCCUUCGAGAUGUACGUGUCGGACGUGGCCAUCCCGGCGGAGGCGGACGUGUCGGACCUGUGCGGCGCGGCGGCGGGGCUGCUGGCGCUGCUGCAGCACAAGCUGCACGCGGCGCCGGCCGCGCACGCCGCGCGCUGCUUCCUCGUGCUGCUCGACCACCUGGACGCGCACUACCGCCGCCACGCGCUCUUCAUGCACCACCCCGACAUACGCAUCAAGAUCUUCGAGAUGCUGUUCGGCCUGCGCGCCAACCAGUUCAACUGCGUGGGGUUCUGCUACGACGCGAGCGGCGCGGCCGUGCACGGCGCCGCGGCGCUGCGCCUCAAGCCCGUGUGCUCGCCCUUCCUCAUGGCCGAGCCGCCCGCGCAGCGCGGCCACCAGCACCAGCCGCCGCAGCCCAAGGACCUGCCGCCGGGCGUGUCGCUGCUGCCGGUGGGGCGCGCGGCGCGGCUGCUGGCGGCGGCGCUGACGCGCGAGAAGGACUGGGCGGUGCUGGCGCGGGUGCUGCGCGCGCUGCCGCUGCUGCUGCAGGCGCGCGCGCUGGCGCUGGGCCGGCGCGCGCAGGACAUCGACAUGCUGGCCUCCACGCUGUGCUCCAUGGUCUCGGACCGCAGCCUGAACUUCCCGGAGUGCCUGCGCGUGCCCAGCGGACAGAAGCUGCUGGUGUCGGAGUUCCACGGCGCGGCGCUGCCGGGGCUGGCCUCGCUGGCGCCCUACCACAGCUACCUCGAGCCGCAGACGCAGCAGAGGAUCGUGCGCUGUCUGCUCAAAUACGGCAUGGUCCUACGAACGCCACAGCCCUAUAUAAAUGCCUUAACGAUAUUUACGUUAGAAACCAGAGAAACUAUGGUGAAAAUGUUACCGGAGGUACUGUUAGACCUGUCCAAGAUCUCUGACACCAAGGCCAUCGCUAGUCCCAUGCUCGAGUUCUUGUCAACGCUGACGCGGCUGCCGAAGGUGUUCGCGUCGUUCGUGGAGGACCAGUACAUGUCGGUGUUCGCGAUCCUGCUGCCCUACACCAACCCGUCGCGCUACAACCACUACGUGGUGUCGCUGGCCCACCACGUCAUCGCCGCCUGGUUCCUCAAGUGCCGCCUCUCCUACCGCCGCAACUUCGUGCGCUUCAUCAUACACGGUCUACACAACUACAUCAUCAUGCCGUUCGAGGAGCAGCUGCAGUACAAGACCAACCACUUCCCCAACGCCAACGAGGACUCCUCCAAUAGACAACGCAGCUCUAGUUUGGGUUCAAAAGCCGUGUCCCGGGCGCCGCUCGGCGGGCGGGCGGGCGGAGCCUCCGCCUCGGCCGCCUUCCACGUGGAGCUGACGGAGACGUGCCUGGACCUGCUGGCGCGCUACACCUCCACGCCCUGCAGCGUCAAGCCGCACAGGAGUGACACGGCAGAGUUCCUGUUCAGCGGCGGGCAGUCGAUGACGUGGCUGGUGGGGCACAAGCUCAUCACCAUCACGACGUCGGGCUGCCUGCAGAACUCCAUCAAGCAGGGCCUGUGCGACCGGUGCGCCGCGCUGUGCCGCCAGCACGCCGACAGCGUGGCGGCGCCGCUGCCGCCGCUGCCGCCCGCCGGCGCCGACCAGCCCGCCCCGGCCCGACCACAGGGCCCAGCGAAGGAGUGCGGUGCGGAGGCGGAGGCGGGCGGCGGCAACCAGCUGCAGCCGCCCGCGCCGCACAACCCGCCCGAAGUCAAGCGCUACAGCAAGCACUCGCUGCAGCACUGCGCCGCGCCCGCGCCGCCGCCGCCCGCGCCGCCCGCCGCCUCCAGACAAAACUCGUCAGAGAACAACAAGACGAACGACCCCCUCGUGGCCGUCCUCAACCAGUUCUCGCAACACUUCGAGAAGAUCUCCAAGGAAGUGUGCGGUGCGCAGGACACGGACGAGGCGGCGUGGUCGCGCGUGGGCGAGCUGGCGGCGGCCGGGCUGUGCCCCUGCUGGUGCGCCAACUGGGCCGAGGUGCACGUGCGCUCGCCCACCGGCGACGUGUGCUGGGUCAUGCGCAUGCAGAACCAGAUGAACUGGGACUACCUGCUGGAGUCGCCGCUGCAGGAGCUGGCGGCGCUGCUGUCGCCGGCGGGCGGGGCGGCGGGCGAGGCGCGGGGCGCGGGCGAGGCGGCGGCGCGGACGGGCGAGGCGGCGGGGCGGACGGGCGAGGCGGCGGGGCGGGCGGGCGAGGACAGCGCCCCGCGGUCCCGCAGCGGCUCGUCGUCGUCGCAGUCGCGGCCGCAGUCCUCGCUGCCUCAGGACCUGCACAAAUCUAGUUCAGACUCAAUAGUCGGCAAUGACAAGAAAACUCAGCAAGCGUCGCAGUCCAUCAUGUCGCAGCCUCAGAAUAGCAGUGCGGCGGGCAGCAGCGCGAGCCGCAUGAGCACGCAGCCCAUCAACAUCCCCGGCUCCCCGCAGCGCCAGAGCUCGUCGUCCGCCACCGACGACGACGACAUGCUGCUCAUCGUGCCCGAGGGCAAGUCGCGGCACCCGGUGCGGCGCUCCAACUCGUCGCCGGAGAUGUCGUCGUCGUGGAAGGCGGCGGCGCUGCAGGCCUCCACCCCCGCCGCCCCCGCCGCCCCCGCGCCCGCCCCCGCCGCAGACCUCACGCUGCACCCCGACGACAUGAUCCUGCUGCCCAGCUGCGAGCCCACCGGCAGCACGUCGCUGUCGAUGCACGCGACGAAGAAGGCGGCCAAGAAGAGCGACAUGCGCGUGUCGUGCGAGGCCAUCCCCGAGGAGAUGUGCGGCACCUCGCCCCACGCCGCCCACCACCACCACCUCAUGACCUACAACUCCGACCCCGCACUAAGAGCCCGCGCGUGUGCAGGCACCGGCGACGCGCCCCCAGCGCCCGCCGCCGCGCCCAACCACCACCACCAGCUGCAGAAGACGGCGAGCGACGGCACGGUGCCGGAGGGGCGGCGCGGCGACGACCUGCCGCCGCUCGCGCGCUCCAAGCGCUCCAACACCAUCUCCGUCAUGAGCCCCACGCGCCGCCACAGUGCGUCGGCGGGCAGGGCGGGCGGCGGCGCGGGCGGCGCGGUGGGCGCGGGCGGCGGCGGCGUCACGCCCUCCUUCGUGUUCCUGCAGCUAUACCACAACAUGAGCACCUACCCCAUCACGCCGCCGGUGCCAGGUGAGACGCCGACGAUCCUGAACCCGCUGGCGGAGCGGCCGCUGCGAGUGUCGGGCGUGCAACACGAACGUACCAUCAAGAACCUCGACCUCGUGCCGCCCGUAGAGACAUACAAAAUCGGAGUGUUGUACGUGGGGCCCGGACAACAAGACAACGAAGUUUUAAUAUUGAAGAACGAAUACGGCAGUGUGAGGUACGCGGAGUUCCUGACGCAGCUGGGCACGCUGGUGUCGCUGGAGGGCGGCGACGACGACCAGCCGCACCUCUUCCUCAACCUGGAGAAGGGCGGCAAGGACGGACACUACACAUACGUGUGGAACGACGACAUCAUGCAGGUGCUGUUCCACGUGGCCACGGCCAUGCCCUCGUCGGCGAAGGACCCCACGUGCAACGAGAAGCGCAAGUACAUCGGCAACGACUACGUGAGCAUCGUGUACAACGACUCCGGCGCUGACUUCAACAUACACACCAUCAAGGGCCAGCUGAACUUCUGCAUCGUGGUGGUGGAGCCGUACGAGCACGGCAUGAACCGCGUGUUCAUCAAGACCAAGGACGAGCGCAUCCGCACCAAGUUCCUCGCGCACCUCGACACGCACUGCGUGUCCGACGCCAACGUGGCGCUGCUGGCGCGGCAGAUGGCGCUGCACUGCGCGCUGGCGUCGCACAUCUCGCAGUCGCUGAAGCUGGGCGGCGCGCCGUACGCGUCCAACUCGCUGGAGCGGCUGCGCAUCAUCAAGCGGCUGCGCGUGCGCGCGCAGGCGGAGCGGCUGGCGGCGGCGGCGCGGGCGCCGGAGCCCUACGCCGGCCCGCCCGACCUGGCGCACCGCGUCGCCAUCGACGACUUCAACGACUACACCUAGCGCCCGACCCGCCCGACCACACCAUAGCGAACAUAUUUUUUUGGUAAUUUUAUGCUUACGACGCGUGAUACUCGUGUGAAUUUCGCUAAUCUGUGCGACGAGUAGCUUAAAAAUCUUAUAUAAUUUUAAAUUGUAAUAAAUAAGAAUCAUUACCCUAUAUACAUAUACGUUGCCGGACCGCCCCGGGCUAGCGCCACUAGAGUUCUCACUAGAUUACAUUCUUAAGAAUAAAAUAUAUCACCCUAUUAAUAUGCAGGCCGCGCUGGCCUCACAAAUUGUAUAUAACUGUAUGUAUAACCAAAUUGGCGAAAUUCAGAUGGAUCACGAUGUACUAUACAAUUUGGUCGGUGUUUAUAUAAGCGUACUACAUAACGACCGGCGCCACGCCGCGACCCGCUCACUGGACGCGUCACUCCUGAGGCGAAUAUGUUCGCAGCGUGGAUACUGUACCGGCGGCGUGAGCCACUCGGGUGACGCUCAUCUCACCGUACUUUGUCGACAUUAACAUAACCUGUGUGUAUCUCAUUCAAUUUUUUUACAAAAAAAAACUUUUUGUGAGAUGUGAUAGUAGCGUAACAAUUAAAUACGAAAUAGAAAUACGAGAAAUAUAUUUAAAGCUGGCAAAUUUUCUACAAAUCGCUUCGCUUAAGGGAUACCGCGACUUUCAUAAUAGUGGUUUAUAAUAAGAUGACAUACUGGCUCGAAUAUAAGUGGACAGUUUUUGGAACACACUUAAACAAGCGCGCCUCGCCGCGCCCCGCCCCCUCCCGGCCCCUCCCCCCUGGCCCCGCCCCCGCCCCGCCCCGCCCCGCCCCGUGCGCGGGCGCGGCGCGAGCGCGUCGAGCUACACGAUGCACUCGCUACUGGUUCAGUUCACACCACUAAUGUAUUAUGAAAUGAUGAAAUCUUUUGGUUUAUUUAUUCUAUUCUGCCGAUACACAUUUCUGUCUAGGUUGUCUGUGGCUUAAAUAGUUUAAUUUCUUACAUAAAUUUAGAUUUUGAACUGAAUAAUGUAAAAGUUAAUAUUAAGGAUUUUUAGUAAGUACAUGUUUUCACAAAAUAUGAGUUUGUCAGUAGAGUUGACGCGGCGCGGCCGACGCUCGUGACGUCACAGGCGGCUGCCGCGCCGCGUGCGCAGCAGUCAGUCGUUAACAGUUGAGGCAUUUCUUGUUUAUAUAUAUUUUAUGUAGCAAUUUAUUUCCUGACAAAAGAUUUUGUAAUCAAAUAAAUGAUGGCUAUUUU